CAUGGUCCGAUCCUCCGCCUCACAUGAUUCUUGGGGGACCUUGUGGUGAUUGGCAUGGUCCCGGUUUGAGGACCUUAAGGUGGCCGAAGUGACAUAUCGACGCACUUCAACCCCGGCCAUUUCCCCGUUCAUGCGACUGGCGACUGAGCUGCAACAUUAUUGUAUUGUCGACGACCAAGCAGUACACGCUGUGAAGCUCAAGUUGAUGUGACUGAGCAUUGCUGUUCUAUGGCAAAAUGCAGAAGAUUGAUUGGAGAUAGAAGAUGAGAAAUGGCACGGUGAUUACAUAAGUCGCAAACCAAUAUCACGUGAUAUCAACUAAGGUACAUAUAAAUCGAAACUAAUACAGAUCAGGACUAGUUUGGCACAACCGGAUAUCAACUUCAACGCCAUCAACAAUUCAACCCAAGUCAAAGUCAGCCUCGUGGUCAGUCAUUGUUUUUCUGCCACAGCCCAGCCGCCUCAGGGCCUUGCGGACGGCGGAUAGUCUUUAAAGUUGGCGUUCAGGGGAUCGCGAUCAAUCAUAAAUGCAAACCGGUUCUCGUUCGCCCUGAGAUAAGCCGGGAGAUCAGCUCGCGAGUCGACCUUCUCAUACCGCUCACUCUCGCGAUCGAAAAGAUCAAGGCCAUUGCGGACGCGGCGGACGAUUUCGGCCGGAUCCUUGAAUUCAGGCCGGUCGUAUUCGGUGUGAGAAAAGGAUCCGAUCUUGUUCGCCAUCUGCUCCACGGUCUCGAAGCAGCUGCUGCAAUGCCAUGACGAGUUCGAAAUGUCCCAAUCGCUCUCGCCCAUCCGGAGCUCUUCUGGACGGAUGGUCGCACUGCCAUGGUAGAACGUUGCUUGGGGAUGGCCCCAGUCUCCGUCCACGUGCUCCCACUGGAACGAAUAGUAGAAGAAGCGACUUCUCAGCGUGACGCGCUGGGGGUAUUCGCAAUUGCGAAGCAAGGUGAUGGUGGAAGGGCGUGGUAUCUCGUCCGUGUCCGACACCAGAAUCACGUCGCCCAAGGCAGGUGCUUGAGCGCCAAUCAGACUCGGGAACACGGCGUCGAACAGCGAGUUCCGCUGGUGGGCUUCACGCUCCCACGUCGAGCUGUCCUCCAUCCCAUCAAAGUCGACUACCCGGUAGAUGAUCUGGUGAGCAAAGCGUGCGAAUCGCUCAAAGUUGGCUUUGAAGUGCAAAGGCUUGGGCAGGUUCGUGAAUGUCCGGGGUGAUUCCACAAUGACAAAAUAGUCCACAUGCUGGUGAAGCUCGUUCAGGCGAAUCUCUAGCCAGUCCAGCUCGGUCCCGAUCAGAAACAAAUCAUACACUUUGCGGUGCCGGUCCCGCCUGGGGAAGACGGUGAAGUUCUGGGUGGCACACAGCUCGGCCGCUUUCUCGACCGGGAGAAAGCUCGCCUUGUGGUGGUCGCUCGGCCAGACCACAUUGAGUCCUGCGGUCGCCGACUCGACUCGAUCCCCUCGUAUCCUUCUCAAUUGAGUGACUUGCAGGAGACAGAACAGGCUGACAGCGACAAUGACAAGUCGGCGCAAGUACCUUUUGGAGGCCGAUCUCAACUGUCGAGGGAAUGAGCCCCCGGGUGGACUUUGAGGCCCUCGGUCAAAGCCCUUUUCGUCCGGCAGAGGCACCAACCUUACAGGCAUGGCGUCUCAUACAAAAUGAUCCGCACAAAGGCGAGGAUAUUCGACACCUUCAAGGUGGUAAAAGCAAAAUGCCGCCGACCCCAGGUGGGAGGAGCAAAAUGCUAAUGAUGGGGGAGGGACGAGCGAGGAAAGACUCGACUACAGGGGGGAGAACAGACAACUCGGACAAAGGGUUGCAACGAGUAUGGCACCAAGAGCCGGGGCAAGCGUCGGCACGGAUUGGUAAGAGAGAACGAGGGGCGAGAGAGGAUGUAUUGGGGGUGGUGGUGUGCAGUAUCAGACCCCGUCUGCCAUUCCCCCUCCAUUUCCAGGCUUGUUCUCUGGUCUCUCCCCCAUGCAGCCGCUCCAGACAUAGCUUCAGCUUCAGCUUGCUCUACCGCGAACACUCUUGGGCUUCAGUCCUUGGGUUCCGGCAGUUGCAUUGCUUUCCGUCCCCGACUAUCCCCCGACUCUUCGAUGCCUCUCCGACGCGGCUCGCUUCCGAGCACCACAAGAAUGCAAGUUGAGUUUUGAGAAAAAAAAAACUCCACUGCAGUCUAUGUCCACCGCAGUGUGCCGCUCAGCUCAGCCUCUGACUUCACAGAGCCGCAGUGACUUGACGAUGGGCUGAAAAGACCACCACGGGAAUCGUGCAGCGGUAUGGGUUGGACAGUGGACCGGUGAUCGUGGACCCGCACGCAGGUCCGAAUAUGUCCAGUCCAUAUGUCCCGACUCCUAGCGCACAAGAACCAGAAUGGCAUUGAUAAGCGAGAAUCCGUGAAAAAGGAAACACGAUUGGGGGCACACGGCCCAGUUUGGCGUCAGGUACGGACGAUCAGCGCGAGAAUAUUCUCGUGGCACGGCAUGACACGGCAUGGCAGGGCACCCGCCCUCGAGGGCCCUCAAAGGGUGGUAUUUACUAAAGAAUAGUAGUCUCCGAAGACUAAAUUGAGGCUGGUGGACCGCGGAACUCUCUCAAGUUUGGGAUCUUUUCACGUCAAGAUCGUGGUCUGUGCGUUGUUUGUAAUGACAUUGAAACAAAACAUGAACCAGAACCUAAAUCGGUAACGAGUCCCGAUACGGCCGGCUCCACUUUUUGGGCGAGGCUGCCGCCCCCGUCCCCCGCCAGCCUUGCGGAGGAUCCCAUCGGACAAACCUCAUAGUUGUACAAUGUUAUCUCACACCUCGUGGCCCUGAUUCUGACCCUGGUUUACUGUGAUUGAUGUGAAGUGCAACAACAUCCAUCACACCCAACCAUCAUGAGAUCAGUUUCAAGGCUGGUGUCCAUAGUCGGACUCAUCAUUCUCGGCUCUUCUCUCGUCUACUUGUUCCAGCAUGGCCCUGUUGUCCCAACCAGCCUAGACUCAGCCGACCUAUGGCAGAAUUUUGCCGAAGCAGCAACAUCAUACAGAAGAGGACCCGACGACGGCAACACCACUACCGUCGUGCAGUGUCAACAACAGAAACCAAACCUGAUCAUCAGCGCCAUUGACGGCUCCAGAUGGCAAGACCAAAUCUUCAUAUUCAUGCAAUCGCUCGAACUAGCACUCGCCCAAGAAUCUCUCUCUGCGCUGCGCAAAGCCAACUUACCCAAGUCAUCAUGGUCCUGUCCCCCGGCACCCGUGGAAGUCAAAAUCAUUGUCCCCCAAUCUCUCUUACAAGAGCUUCCCUCGGCAUUCCAGGCUCUUGCACAGCGAUAUCCGUCGCUAGAAUUCGUGGGCGCGUUACCCGAAAUCGCAGAUGUGGCAGUCGUUCUUCGCCGAUUUCAAGGCUGGGCGGAUCUCCUGACCAAGAAUAACAUUUCCAAUAAAUACGACAAGAUACUAGCGUGUGACUUGGACGUGGUCUUUCAGCGCAAUCCGUUCGCCAUGCCCAUGUCUUCUGGCAUCGAGAUUCUCUACUUUGCAGAAUGGCGCGGUUUGAAAAUCGGCCAAUGCUCAGUCCACAAAGCAUGGUUCGAACAGUGCGCCAGCACCGAAACUGGAAGUGGAGGGUAUAUCAGCCCCAAAGCGUCCGCGACAUACAUGUCCCGCGACCGCAUCUGCGCGGGCUCCGUGUACGGCACAGCCAGAGCAAUUACUGUUUACAUGACCACAAUGGCAAGUCAACUUCGUCGGUCUGGUUACAAAUGUAACGACCAGGCGAUGCAUAUCCACAUUUUCUACUCUGGUCUGUUAGAGUAUGAUUUGGAAUCUAAUGGGUAUGGGAGGGUGUCAUUGGUGCCUAAUGAAGAAGCGCUCUUUGGAAGUGUUGGAACAACGCCCAUGGUGACGUUUAAUGAGUGGGGAGAAAUUCUUAAUGAGAGGGGGCAGGUUCAAGUUGCUGUUCAUCAGUAUAAGACGCAUGCUGUGCUUUCGGAGAUUGUAAGGAGGAAGUAUGGGUGGAUGGCUGAAGUUGGGGGGCGAAAAGAUGCUUUGCCGCAGGUCGCGGGGCUGGAGAGGGUUGAAGGGACGGGGACGAAAAGCGCAGCUGAUUCUGGUUCUGGUUCGGAUUCGAGUUCGAGUUCUGUGUCUGGUUCUGGCACUGUUGGUGCGGGUGCUGGGACCCUCGAGGACCUCGAUCUGGCAGCGGUUUCUGACUUGAAACAUGUCAGACACGAUGACCAAGCCGAUGAUGGCAGUGGCCAGGCAUCAGUGUCUGAGUUUCCGGAAUAUCGCCUGAUUAAUGUCUCUUCGCAGACGUGUGGGAAACAGUCGGAUCUUUGUUCUUGCAAGUACGAGGAUUGUCAGGUCCAUUAUGAGUGGUACUAGUGUUGAAGAUUAAUGUAUAUAUUCAUGACAUUUGUACGAGAGAUUGGAAUUCGAUCUGAAUAUUUUCUGAA